CAGGCUAGCGUGAGAAUCAAGCGAGUUGGCCCGUGCACUUCCCCAUCGGGGCGGCACACAACGAUUUUCUACCCCGAACCUUCGACUUUCCUUCAACAGCGCCAACGACCCUCGUCAACAACCCCCCGUCAACUCCCCCCCACGACAACUCAAGAUGACUCACGAGUCCGUUUGGUUCAGCCGCCCCCGCAAGUACGGCAAGGGCUCCCGCGAGUGCCGCGUCUGCGCCCACCGCGCUGGUCUGAUCCGCAAGUACGGCAUGAACAUCUGCCGUCAGUGCUUCCGUGAGAAGUCCACCGACAUCGGUUUCGUCAAGUACCGCUAAACAACCAAACCAUGUCCGCCUUUAAACACUUUUCUCGAUUCCAUUCGCGUCCAUGAUCCGUUUACGUGCCCUGGCGCUCGGCCACCAUAGUGGCCCGGGAAGGGGAAUGUUUCGAAGCGUCGGGAAAUGUUAAUGCGCCCACGUUUCUUUCGCAU